AUGGAAGCGUAAAAUCAAGAGUCCUACAAGAGCGCUAUAUUGAAGGUGCAGGAUUUGGAUAAAGAGAAUUAUUUGGUUGAUUUCGAGUUGACUGUUAAGCUAGAAGAAUAUUAGAAUUACAUACAAAACCUAAAAUAGAAGUCAAUAUUUUUCUUGGUACUAGAUAGAACUAUGUCAAUGAGAGGCUAUAAACUGGAUAAAGUCAAGGAGGCAACAAAGUUUUUUAUGAAAAAAUUCUAUAACAAACAUAAACAAGAACGCGUUGCAGUGAUAUUAUUCGACCAUAAGAUUAAAAUUGUAGAACCUUAACAAAAUUUUGAAAGCUUCUGCGAGGUUUUGGAUAAUGAAUACACUCCAGGUGCCAGUGCAGUGUUCUAUAGACCUCUUUAGCACAUAAAUGAAAUUGUAAAAUCAUAAGAUCUACGAUAAGUAAAGUGCAUUUUCAUAACAGAUGGAGAUGAUAUGUAUUAAGAUAAGACUUCAGAGCAAGUUUAAAGCCUCAAAGAAUAUUUUACAGAGUUUAAGAUUCAUGCAAAAUUCUCUAUAAUUGGAAUAGGUGAACACGAUUCUAGAAUGACUAGGAAGAUUGUAGAAUUAUCUACUGAUUAUCAGGCUCCUGGACCAUACCUUUAUAUUACCUCUAAAAAUAAAAAAGUGAUAAUAGAGAAUAUUAUAAGAUUCACAAGAGAUUGUAAGAAGCAAUCAACUCUAAAGAAGGGUAUUAUAUAUAGACUCUAAAAUGACAUUUAUAUUAAGGCUUACGCUAAGGAUUUAGAUGAUGAUGACAAUUUGAGGCUUUAAAGUGGAAAUAUUGUCGUUAAUAAAAUGAUCCUAAAUUAGUUGAUUGAAACCAGAAAUGAAUUUACUGUUAAAUCUGAGAAACUUAAGGUUUCUGUAUUAAGAAAUUAAGAGUUAGUAGAUGAUGUUGAGCAAAGAUUGCUUACCAGAUUAAAUGAAUUUUAUGAGCUAGAAUUUGAUCUGUCUCCCAAGCUUGUUCAUGAUAAAAUUAGCAAACUCAUAUAUGAAAUUGCAAUGGAAACGAGAUCUGAGGGUAAUAUUUUAUUUAUUGACAAAGUUUCGCACAUUUUAAAAGAUCUAUAAACUAUUGAGAGGUUUCUCCAAAGGCUAAAAGUUCUAAAUAAUGAAUAUCUUUAUGAUCAUGAGAAGGGUGUGUUUGAGGCUAUAAGAAAUUAAAUCAUGAGAAGAUAGGAUAUUUAUGCAAAUGAGUAUAUAAUAUCUCGAUUAGAUCAUACCUCUACAGAUCAUUAUAUCUAAAAACUAUAUGAGAGAUUCACGGUUCUCAAAUAAUCUAUCAUAAUGUUAAGAGCAGAUCACUUAGGAAAAUUCUCAGCUUUUAAGAUUACUGAUUUACUUACAUAGAAAUUAUAAGAAGAGGGUAUUCUGUUGAAUAAAAAGAAGAAUAUUAUAAGAUUGUAAGAUAAGAAAGAGAUUGUAGAAUUGAGAUUAACAGUAAAAAAGUUUUUCAUAGAUGCCUAAUAAAAGUUAGAGCAAAAUCUUUAAAGAAAAGCAAUUAGAGGUCAACACUCAAAUAUUGCUGAUUAAACACUUAACUAAUCUAACUCAAUUCAAUAGCCCAAGGUAUAUGAUCCUACUUUUAGUGAUUAUUAAAUGAAAGCGAGUACUAUUCCUGAGACAAUAUUUGAGAUGCUUGAUGAUAUGUAUUAGUAAGAUCUAUCUUCUGAAGAUGCUCACCAGAGUUUUGUUAUUUUUGAUUUCGAUUAGAGAGAUGUUUUUGACAAGGGUUAUAAGAUGUUUAGGGAAAAAUAUCCAAUGACAGUCAUUAAAUUCUCAGGAGUAUAUACUGAAAAUUAAACCUUAUCCAAGAUCAAUCAGAGUAUGCUGAAAGAAUAAAGUUUUGUGUCAAAUGAUUUGAUCUCUAAUUUAAACAUAUCAAUUCGAUCUACCCUUGGUGACAAUGAUGAGAUUGUUACGAUUCUCAAUGAAUAUGGAAAGAAAAUUACAGCAAGAGUAAGGACUGCAUGGUUUAGGUGA